AUGAAUCUUGAUCGGAACACGUUGUUAAUCCUUGAAGAGUUAAAAACUGUAAUGAGAACUCUGUCCAUCACCAAGCGAUUAUUUCGCCUUACAUACGACAGUAAAGGUGAUGAAAAACGAAUACUUUGCGCAAGAAUUUUAGUAGAAAACGUGAUUGGUUUAAUGAACCAUAAACAGCUUUUAAAAAUUGGUCCUUCAUACUGA